AUGGCUCCAGUUCAAUAUACCUCGUCUAAGGAAGGCUUCACGAAUUCCAACAUCCAGUUCAACACUGACAAAGCUGUCAGCGCUGACGAUGCCUUGUUGACCAAGUUCACCUACGAAAACUCUAUUGUGGAAAAGGACCCAUCUACUGGUAGAUUGUCGGUCACUCCUACUGCUAUCGACUACCAGUUCAAGGUUGACUUGAAGGUACCAAAGGUCGGUUUGUUAUUGGUCGGUUUAGGUGGUAACAACGGUUCCACCCUUGUUUCUUCCAUCUUGGCUAACAAGCACAACAUCUCUUUCGAAAACAAGGAAGGUGUCGUCAAGCCAAACUACUACGGUUCCGUCACUCAAUCCUCCACCAUCAAGUUGGGUAUUGACAAGGAAACUGGUAACGAUGUCUACGCUCCAUUCAACUCGGUUGUCCCAUUGGUCAACCCUAACGACUUGAUUGUCGGUGGUUGGGAUAUCAACGGCUUGUCUUUGGAUGCUGCCAUGCAAAGAGCUAAGGUUUUGGACAUUGACUUGCAAAAGAAGUUGACUCCAUACUUGAAGGAAUACAAGCCUUUGCCAUCUGUAUACUACCCAGACUUUAUUGCUCUCAACCAAAAGGACAGAGCCGACAACAUCAUCAACAAGACCGAAAGCGGUGAAAUCAGAACCGACAACAAGUGGGCUGAUGUCGAAAAGAUCAGAAAGGACAUCAGAGACUUCAAGGAAUCCAACAAAUUGGACAAGGUCAUUGUGUUGUGGACUGCCAACACCGAAAGAUACGCUGAUGUCAUUGACGGUGUCAACGACAACGUCGACAACUUGUUGGCUUCCAUCAAGAACAACCACGACGAAAUUGCUCCAUCCACCAUCUUUGCUGUCGCUUCCAUCUUGGAAAAGGUUCCUUACAUCAACGGUUCUCCACAAAACACCUUCGUUCCAGGUGUUAUUGCUUUGGCUGAAAAGGAAGGUUCUUUCAUCGGUGGUGAUGACUUCAAGUCAGGUCAAACCAAGCUUAAGUCUGUCUUGGCUCAAUUCUUGGUUGAUGCCGGUAUCAGACCAGUCUCCAUUGCUUCCUACAACCACUUGGGUAACAACGACGGUUACAACUUGAGUGCUCCAAAGCAAUUCAGAUCCAAGGAAAUCUCCAAGCAGUCUGUUGUUGAUGACAUCAUUAAGUCCAACGAAAUCUUGUACAACAAGGAAAAGGGUGACAAGAUCGACCAUUGUAUUGUCAUCAAGUACUUGCCAGCCGUCGGUGACUCCAAGGUUGCCAUGGACGAGUACUACUCGGAAUUGAUGCUUGGUGGCCACAACAAGAUCUCCAUCCACAACGUCUGUGAAGACUCUUUGUUGGCUACUCCAUUGAUCAUUGACUUGGUUGUCAUUGCUGAAUUCUUGCAAAGAGUUAACUACAAGAGAGCCGACGAAGGUGACGACAAGUACCAAGACUUCUACGCUGUUUUGUCUUUGUUGAGUUACUGGUUGAAGGCUCCAUUGUCUAGACCAGGUUUCGAGCCAAUCAACGGUUUGAACAAGCAAAGACAAGCCUUGGAAAACUUGUUGAGAUUGUUGGUCGGAUUGCCAAUCAACAACGAGUUGAGAUUCGAAGAAAGAUUGGUAUAA